AGUGCGUUGAGUCGGGCCAGGCUGACGGAGGACUAGCCCAAGGCGGGGGCAGGACGCGAGCCGAGCCGGGACCUGUGUGCCACGGUGCGUGGUUCGGGAGGGCAAGGGCAAGGCGGCCGCAUCGAAGCAGAUGGCCAAUCGGGACUGGCCCGGGGAGGGUCUCCCUCGGCCGCGGGGCCAUUGAGACUUGCCAGAUGCCCGAGCCUUUCUCCCGCACGGACCAGCCCGCGCUGAGCUCGGGGCACUGAAAUUUCUCCGCCUCUCGCCCGGAGCGAGGCGGCCCAGGAGAGGCUCAGGUGCGCUUCGGAGAGGAGCGGAGAGCCGGGAGCCCUAAGCCCGAUCGUCUGCGGAGAACAGGCUGCUGUGCAGCCCGGAGUCCAGCAGGUGCCGGCUCUCCCUCUCACCCUGCCUCCGGGCUGGGGGAAGGGGCGCUGGGGGAGUCCGUCUGCCCCUCCCACCCAAGGCAGAGGUGUUGUGUGGUCCGAGUGCGUUGGAAGGGGAGAACGGCACAACUUACGGAGAUGCGAGAGUGACCGGGGAGCCUAGAGCAAGGGAGCGCGAGAGAGGGGAGGGGGAGGAAAAAAGUCUCUUCUCUCCUCCUCCCCACCCGAAGGUGUCCAGCGUCUCCCCCUCGGGGCCGCGAUGGCCAAGAACACGUCGGAAGGGUCGGGCAAAGAGGACCUGAGCAAGGUUCCGGACGAGGAGCUGCUGCGCUGGAGCAAGGAGGAGCUGGCGCGGCGGCUGCGGCGGGCAGAGGGCGAGAAGAUGGGCCUCAUGGUGGAGCACGGGAACCUGAUGAAGGACGUGAACCGGCGGCUGCAGCUGCACCUCCACGAGAUCCGCGGCCUCAAGGAGGUCAACCAGAAGCUGCAGGAUGACAACCACGAGCUGCGGGAGCUCUGCUGCUUCCUGGACGACGACCGGCAAAAGGGCAAGAAGCUGUCGCGCGAGUGGCAGCGCUUCGGGCGCCACACGGCCGGCGUGCUGUGGAAGGAGGUGGCCCUGUCCCAGCAGAAGCUGCGCGAGCUGGAGGCCCGCCAGGAGGCCCUGGUGCGGGAGAACCUGGAGCUCAAAGAGAUCGUGCUCAUGCUGGACGAGGAGCGCAGCGGCGCCGGCUCCCGCAGCUCCAUCGACAGCCAGGCCAGCCUCACCAACCUGGCGGGGGGCGCGGGCGGUGCGGGGCCCCGCGACGUGGGCGACGGCAGCAGCACGUCCAGCACGGGCAGCGGCGGCAGCCCCGACCACCAUCACCACCCGCUGCACCCCCACGGGCACCUGCCGCCGCCGGGCCCCCCGCAGCCGCAGCAGCCCACCGCCCCCGCGCCCCCACUUCACAAAGCGGCGGACGCCAAGGCCGGCGCUACCAGAAGGUCCUUGGACGACCUGUCCGCGCCCCUGCACCAUCGGAGCAUCUCCAAUGGACUCAACGACUCCUCUUGCAAUUACAUCAGACAGCUGGAAACAAAGGUGAAACUGCUGGAAGAUGACAACAAGCUUCUCUCUCAGACCAGUUCCGGGGACUUCAGAACCCUUCGGAAGGGGCUGUCUCCAUAUCACUCAGAGUCACAGCUGUCAUCGUUGCCACAGUACCAGGAUGCCCUGCAGAACGGUCCUGCUCACAUGACAGCCGAGCUUUCUUCCUCCCCGGCAGUGGGCUAUGUCCCUAUGGGACAGAAACCUGAGGCAGUAGUGCAUGCCAUGAAGGUCUUGGAAGUUCAUGAAAACCUGGACAGGCAGAUACAGGACAGUUAUGAGGAGGACCUGAGCGAAAAGGAGAAAGCAAUCGUCCGUGAAAUGUGCAAUGUUGUAUGGAGAAAGCUUGGAGAUGCAGCAAGUUCCAAACCUUCCAUCCGACAGCACCUUUCAGGAAACCAGUUCAAGGGGCCCUUGUAGGAGCUUUACUUUGAAGACUGGGGAUGAGCGUGUACAGGGAAAUGACUUCUUAAGAAUGGGACAACGGGAGGUGCACAAGAGGGGAAGAGGGAGGGACCUCUCACUCUCUGGCUGCCAGAAUUAUUUUUGUGGUGUUCUUUGUAAAUACGGCAGCUUUGGCCUAGGGUAUUAUUGAGGUCCUGGGAUGGCUUUUCACUGGGGAAGCAGUUAUUUUCUAUAUACUGCAAAUGGAGUCCUGAUCAUCCUGUUUCAGAAAUACCCAAUUGGAGAAUUUUGGGUGGCCCAGUGGAGCCUCUCUCACCUGUUUGAAUAUAUGGACAGCUCUUCCCAUCUUUGGUACUGAAAUGGCUUUAUCAAGAGUUGGAAUAUGGUGCAAGUUCCUGGCUGGGUUGUUCAAAACCUAGCCUAGAAGUUCCACUUUCCUUUUUUGGGGUUGUCAGCCAUAUAGUUCCUGGAGUCAUGGUAGUAUGAGGGGGGGCAAUUUCUGAUAAGCCUAGUUUGUGCUCUAGGGGAAAAGACCCUUGAGAUAUCCGAAGAUUCAUCUCAUCCUGUCUCAUGCUUAAUCCAUCCCAGAAAGAGCCUAAUGAGGUGAUGGGCUUCUUUUGUUUGUUUACUUAGCCCAGAACAAAGGCUACCAUGUGGUUUUUUUUUCCUCAUGUGAAUAACUUUGGUCAUGAUACCAUGGAACACCAGCUCAUGCUCAACAUUUCUGUCUUGAUAAAUCUGACAGAGUAUCUCAAUGGUAGCCAAUCCCCACAAUCCACCAGCUUCCUUUUCGUAGACCAAGUCUUUUUUGCCAGGUGAAGUUUCCUUUGAACUCUGAGGUUGAGUCCUUUUAGGCAAGUAAACAAUUCUCCCAUCAGGGUCUGGAGUGCUCUGUGAAACACUGGGGAACUGGUCCACAGCUGCCCAUUAGUAUUAGCUAAUUCAAAGACAAAAAAUGAGUCUAUACUUUUUCUAUAGCCUACUUUUUCUCCCCACCACGUCUUGGUUGAGAACUUGAGAUCUCCAAGGAUUUUAGAAGUGUGGGUUUUCUCCUUACUACACUUUCCACCAUAGGAGUUCUUCGUUUGUUGUGGUUUGUUCCUGGUGUUGAGUCUCUCCAGACAGUGGAUGAUCUUCAGGUGAAAUAAAAUUCCUUUGUUGGGCACUUAGUGGAAGCUUUUCUAGCUUGAAAGGACUGGGCAAGUCUCGUGCUCUGCUGACCUAAGACUUUGAGAAUCUAGGGAGGUUCUUAUCAGAGGGGCAUAAAGUGAUAUUUAUAAAACCUCCAGGGUUUUCAUUCUCCUCCAUGGGAUGGCUCCUUGCUACACUUCCUGAUGAUCUUGCAUCACAGGCUGCUUCCAAUUCAGGGACGUUUCAGUCCAAUUUAAUUGAAAGGGAAAACAAAGGAAUCUGCAGAAAGCAGACAUUGCCAUCUCAGAAAGCAUCCUCUGCUUAUUCACCCAACACACAUACACAAACGCACGCGCGCGCGCGCACACACACACACACAAAAUUACAUUAACAUUUUAGAGCUGGAAGGGUCUUCAAUUGCCAUCUAGUCUAACCACAUCUGGGAAAUCCCCACCACAUGACGAAUGGUCAUUUGGCCUUUGCUUAAAGACUUCCAGUGAAGGGGUGAACCUACUGACACCCAAGGCAGCUUAUAUCUGCUUUGGGGCAAGUAGAUAGCCCUAAUUAUUAGGAAGUCUCCCCCUCAUAUUGAACCUAAAUUUACCAGUAUUUGCAAUUUCUACCCAUUGCUCCUAGUAAUAUUCUCUGUGGCCAAAUAUAGUGAAUUUAAUUUCUCUUCUACGCUAUAUAAACUCUCAAGUAUUUGAAGGCAGCUGUCAUAACAUAUCUCCUCUCCCAGUCCCUUAGACCAUCCUCAUAUGGAAUGAACGUAAGGACUUUUACCGUUCUAGUUGCCCAACUCUUCUCUCCCUCCCUGCCCAGUUUAUCCAUGUUGUUUCUAAAAUGUAGUAACCGAACUGAACACCAUUCUUCAGGUGUGGUCUAACAAGGGCCAAAUACAAAGAAGCUAUCACUUUAUUCCCAUAAAGCUAUGCCUCUCUCAACACACAGCCCAAGAAAACAGCUUUUCUUGGCUGCCAUAUACUGUUGACUCAUACUGAGCUUGGAUUUUAAUAAAAUCCCCACUUUUUUGGCAAUGAACCACUAUCUAACCCUAUCUUGUAUGUGUAACUUUUUGGAACUUGUGUAAGCCUUUACAUUUAUCUGUAGUAAAUAGCCUCUCGUUCGGUUCAGCCUGAUUUUCUAACCCAUCGACACUUUGUGGCAUCCAGCAUCUGUUGUGCUUGGUUUGCAGAGUUGCUAAGGAUGCCAUCUCUUCAUUUAUCUGAAUCUCUGAUAAAAACUUCCUAGUCCAAGCACAUAAUCCCUGAAGCACUCCCCACAGACCUAUGAAAUUCAUAGGGAACUAUUAAUGACACACUGACCAUGGACCGCUGAUGAAUCAAUUUAAUUGUACUGGUAUCUAUUCAACAUUUCUCUGCUUUGCUAAAAUCUAGGGAAACCAUGUUUGUUUCCCUGAUGUAUCAUUUAAUAACUAUGUUGAAAAACAGAAAUAAGUUUAGUCUGGAAUGGCUUGUUCUCGACCUUUUAAUUAGAAAUGAAUUUCGUUUGGAACCAGUUCCCUCCAAGCCUCCAUUUGGAGACCCAGAAGUUAGCUGGAAGGCCUCCUCUCAGCACCUUUGCUGGCACUGCAUAUGGGCUCUGGCACCAUUUCCAAUUCUUUUAGUCAGUAAAUAGGAAUUAAUGGUUGUGUAAGCAGAGCCAGACCUGAGCUGACUGGAAGCCAGGAAGGAAUUUUCCAAAGUCGAAGAGAAUUAAGGCACUGCCCAAGAAGGGACUGGAUAGGAAGCCCAGCACUUAACCAUUGGGAUAUCAGACCUGACCCUCAGUGAGGUAAAGUGAAAAGAGCACUGAAUUGGGAACCCAUAAACCUGUGUUCUAGUCUUCCCUCAGCUAUUUAUUAUAUGGCCUUAGCUUAAGUUCCUUCUCUCUACGGCUAUUUCCUUAUGAAAAAUUUGUCUCCCGCACAUGAGUGUCGCCAGAAUCAAGCGAGGCAAAGUGAGAAAUGUGACUAUUCUUCUGGAAGGUGGAAAAUGUUCAAAUUUAGUCACAUCAGCUGUGUACGAUGAGGGGAUUGGACUGUAUCUCAGCCCUAAUAUUCUGCAUUCACUGAUGGCCUGCCAGUGUUUUUGAGUUCUCAAUGAAUGUCAUUUCUGAUAAAUUGUAGGUGACAUCGUCUCUUUUCUCGCCCUCUUAGCUUCUGUCUCCUUUGGUCUCCUCUGCUUCACAUAGAGUUUUCAUGAGUCACUUUUCCCUUCUGACAUAUUAUGGUGAUUUGAAUUCCCUUCCUUGAGAAUUGAGGCAGUAUAACAUAGUGGUUGGAUUUGCCCUUAAAGAUGGCAAGAUGUGAUCCUGGACAAGCCCCUCAACUUCCCAGGGCUCUAGGCAAUUUUCUAAGGCUCCAAAAGUUGC